AUGUCGGCUGAAGAGCUACAAGUGCAAUUAGAUCAAACUAAUGCUCAACUACGUGAUGUCAGGGACGCCCUGGCUAAUGUUAUUGCCGGGUUGCGCUCUCAUGUUCGUGCUGACACCGAGGCAUCGCCUGCCGAAUUCUUGUUUGGCACAACACUUCGCAUGCCUGGCGAAUUCUUUCUUGAAGGGGAUUUUACUCCUGAUCCUCGCACAUUCAUUGAGGAGUUUCGUGAGUUUAUGCGACUCGUCAGGCCUGUUCCAGUCACACAUCACCACAAGAGGCGCGCGUUUGUUUUUAAAAAUUUAUACGAAUGCUCCCAUAUUUUCUUACGUAAUGUUGUUGCGAAGGCACUCGAACGAACUUAUUCCGGACCUUACAAGGUUGUUAAAAGACUGUCCGAUAGGGUGUUUGAUAUCGAUAUCAACGGGAAAACGAAAAGCGUCUCGGUUGAGCUACUUAAGCCGGCAUAUCUCAUGUCUGAAGACUUGUUAGCUGAUACACUUGAUAGCGACCCUCCUUUAACCACCCCUUCGAGUCUAGCUGGAACCCAGGACUCGAAUGGUGCUGGCAAUUCGCCAGUCACCUCAUCCAGUUUGGCUGGAACCCACGACUUGGACGGUCCUGGCGAUUUGCCAGUACCAAUGGUUGAAAAGGUUUUAAAAACUUACGCUCGUAAAAAGCAAUGUUUGUAA